GCAGUAUGCAAGAAGUUGACCAUAUGCUGUGUUCUGCUCGCUAUCCAUAUUUCAGUUUCGGAUCAGUUCUCUAUAUCUAGUGAUCCAGAACGCUCAUUAUUUGGUCACUUCACAGAUCUCUAUCUGACAGCAGCCGCAAGAAGACCCAAGUACUAUUUUGCCUGGACUCUAGCGGAUACCAUAAAUAAUGCAGCUGGCUUUGGGUUUAAUGGAAUCUCUGAAGAUGGAAAGGAGAGAUGGGAUUUGUUGACCAACCUAAAUAUAUUAAAAAUUGAGACCGCUACCAGCUUCAAGAUGUUUAUUGACAACUGGAACAUUCAAACAGCAGUGUGGUUAAAAGAGGUGUGCUAUGACCGAAGUCCAUACAACCCACUGUUGUCGACUUUUGUACUGUCAGCAGCUUGGCAUGGUGUACACCCAGGAUAUUACUGCACAUUUCUCACUGCUGUGCCAAUCACGCUAGCAGCCCGUAGGGUGAGGCAAAACAUCCGUCCAUUGUUUCAGCAUACAGCAACACACAGAUUUGUUUAUGAUGUAAUCACUUGGGCUUCUACACAAAUAACAAUGAGUUACACUGUGGCUCCC